AGUUACAGACAGAGAUACAGAUCCAACCAGAGUUACAGACAGAGAUGCAGACACAACCAGAGUUACAGACACAACCGGAGGUACAGACACAACCAAAGGUACAGACACAACCAGAGUUACAGACAGGGACAAGCGGAGAACAGCAAAGUAGGGGUUCACAUUACCAUGAACAGCUGAGCCCCGGGGCCCCGCCCUGCUCCAGCCCCCCAGCCACAGAACCUCAGAGCGGGCAGCAGGAUCCCGUCAGCACCCGUCGGAGUGGUUCACCUGCCAACAGCAUGGCACUAGUCCACCCCUCACCCCUGCCCAGCUCCAACGCCCCCUCGACCCCUCAGGGCAGGCAGCAGGAUACCUUUCCCAGCCGCCUGGCCCAAACACAGACCUCAUCCCAACCCCAGGAGUCAGCUCACCACAUCCUCCUGACAGAUGGCCACUGCUGUCUGAGUCACGGUCUUGAAACAUCACACCGCGAUGCAACAGGAGGGGUUUAUAUUAAUGAUGGUGACAGAAAUACACUCUUGACAUCUGUCCCAACCUCAGUCAUUGAUCAGGGAGGUGAGAUACACACAUUCUCUGCUCUGGGAUCUGAUAAGGGAUCAGACGUUAAGUCCCUGAGGGCUGAUAAGGGUGGAGCCACCAUGCGCACGCUGGGCGGUGGAAACGCACUGCCCCGGACGCACACACCCUCUCAGAUUCAGAAGCCAGCCUGUAACGGAGAGAAAGCCAGGGAGGAGAAGGAGGCGGGGAGGAAGAAAAGUACACUUGGAGAUUCUUUCGUAGUGGCUGCUAAUGCUGCCGGCAACGCGUUGCCCCUGACAACACUCGCGAUGCCAGAAAUGAGAGAAUACAAGGGAGAGGUAAGAAACAAGCCACUCGAUCUGUUGGAGAGGAACAGAGACCGAGCUGCAACAGUCUCUACUCCGGCGGUAGAAACAGAGACGGCACUGUUACAAGAAGGAGACGGAAGAGGAGGUGCAGGGGGAAUAGUGGCGAGUCUGCUGGGUGGCUUUGCAGGAGAGGAGCAGAGAGAAACGGCCCUCCCGGCAACCACACACCACCAGGGCUUAAUUCACAUCGGGAUAAAAAGCUCACCUGCACUCCCUGCUAAAGACACCGACACAACGACUGGAUCUGUGUCUGACCAGGACUGCAGCUGCCACACACUGCCUCAAAGCCCAGAGGAGAGGAAGGGAGGGGGGCAGCCUGGACCUACGGGUGACACCCAAACGACUGACACAGAGAGAAAGAGGGAGGGGGUGAAGGAGAGAGAGGAGUCUGGACUCCAGGCAGAAGAACACACCGUCACUAAUGCCUCUCUGUCUCCCCUCGGGGUAAUCACCGGACCUCACUGCUGGGAAGACAACAGCGCCGCUACUGCCACCGGAUUGGAGAGAGAGGGGGAGGAGACGAGAGAGGAGAGGGGAGGGGUGUCCGGAAAGCAGGUUUUAGUGAGCCGUCCAACAGUGACCGGCCUUGCUGGCUGGGUGUCAUCAGCUGGGAGUCAGACGUGUCCGCCCCCUGUCGCUGCCACUGCCGUCGUCUCUUCUCCUGGUAGCUCCACGCCACAGUCGCUAUGUGGCUGGGGUGAGCUCAUCCUACCCUCCUCCACCUCCAUCAGCGGCAGCAUCAUCUCUGCUGAUGAGAGCCGUUUCUCUCCUCCGCUCCCCCUCUCUCUGCCUCUCCGACAGCAAGACGACAGGGAUUCAGCUCAUUCACCUCUCCCUCCCUCUCGGCUCAGCACCUCUGCUGAAGGAGAACUAGGCAGCCUUGCUCAGCCUCUGCUCCUACGGCAGGCAGACAGCAGAGAUUUAGAUCUCCGCUCAGCUCUCUUCCCGUCCUCACUGUGCUCUGAGCCUGCAUGGUCCCAGGACUCGGCCAACAACACAAAGAGAGGCUCAGAGAACAGAGAAUCAGCAGAUCGGUCUUGCCCGAUACAAACCCUGAAGUCGGAGGAGAAAAGAGCUAUCCUAGGUCUUAAAGACAACUCUGCUACAGAGUCUCAGCGCUCCAGCAGCAACACGGCGAGAGGCACCGAGAAGGAGGACAGCACUCGUCUCACACAGAGCCAGGGGGGAACGGAGAGUCAUGUGCAGAAAACGGAACCUUCCCAAACCUUCGUAGGAGAAUUACAACAAGCCUCCGUCGCAGCAACAACCACAGAGGCUGGAGGAGAACCGGGUCCAAGCAAAGCCUCUGCACUGUCCUCCUCCUCCCCUGUUAUCUCAGCGCUGCCUCCGACGGUCCUCCAGUCUCAGCACCGCUCGGCUGCGGAGGGGAGCCACCCUCAACAGGUCCACAUUGUCUCUCAGAGUGACGCCUCACUCCUCAGGUCAGUCAUCCCUCAGUCUGUCCUGGGACCGCCCACUAUGGCUGCCAUCGGGGUUUUACAGCUACAUGCCAGGGACAGUGUGGGGGGCACCAGGAAGUUGUUUUUCAACAAAACGCUAACAGCGGAUGAUGAAUCCUCUGCAGCCCUUAACUACGUUCCGGCCUCAGACCCGGCUGCUGUAUUGGCACACGCCUCUCUGCCUCCACUGAAGGUUCAUGAGAAUCUGCGUCACCCAGUGACUGAGGCUAGCUUCACCUCCCACAACUUCCUCAAGCCAGUCACCCCGCCCCCUCGCUCACAGACCCCGACACAACCAUCUCAAGUCGGGGACACACUGCCAUCACUGACCCCUGCUGACUUCCAGGGGGAGUCGCAGCAGAAGACCCAGGCUGGGAUGACAGGAAAUGAGGAUGGCAGAGAGAAAGACUUGGAAAAAAUAGUAGUGACACCUUGUGUGUCAGCAGUGACGGGGCUUAUAUCAAGCCCACAUGGAGCCUCUGAAGGAUUAGUAGUUGAAGAAAAGCCAAACAGUCACCCAGACUCAGUGGUUCCAACUCCUCUCACUAGAGUUCCACUGCAACCUUCCCAUGACCCAAUCCCAAACUCAGAACAGGUGGUGAUCCAACCACCUCGUCCUCCCUCUUCUUCACUGGCAUCACGUCAGAAGCACCUAACUGGCAUCACCUCCAGUGAGGACGUUUUCCAGGUCUUUUUCGAGGGUGAGUCCAAUUUUGCCGGGCCGGUCUGCGGGGCCCGGUGUCAGUGUGCAGUGCCUGGACCAGGGUCCCUCCAUACUCAGCCUGACAGUGGAUCAAAUGCUAAUGGAGAUUAUAUGACCCCGGGCACCACAGUAACCACUCUGACAAAGCCGGAUGAGGAUCAGACCAUCAUCCAGCCUAGUCAGCCCACAAGCCAAUUAGGCCAAUCAGAUCAAUCAGAUAACCACGAUCUACCUGUUGCCAGUCAUAUGGACAGCAGAGAUGAGGUUAGACAGAAUCCACCGAGUUCCAGAGACCGUCUCUCCAUGGAUUUGGCUUGGGUCAGGAAUGAGGGUAAAGAAGAGGCUGAUAAUAAGGCUGAGUCUGUGCUUCAUGUUUCAAAAACAGUUGUACUUAACCAGCCUUUUUCAGAUCCUCUGAAAGGUGAAGAGGGAUGUCACAGUGCUGAUUUCUCUUCUGCGGCUGAGGCUAUCACUGAUGUUAAGGAAACGAUUGUGGCUGAGGCUAACACUGAUGUUAAGGAAACGAUUGUGGCUGAGGCUAACACUGAUGUUAAGGAAACGACCGUGGCUGAGGCGAACACUGAUGUUAAGGAAACGACUGUGGCUGAGGCUAACACUGAUGUUAAGGAAACGAUUGUGGCUGAGGCUAACACUGAUGUUAAGGAAACGAUUGUGGCUGAGGCUAACACUGAUGUUAAGGAAACGAUUGUGGCUGAGGCUAACACUGAUGUUAAGGAAACAAUUGUGGCUGAGGCUAACACUGAUGUUAAGGAAACGACCGUGGCUGAGGCUAACACUGAUGUAAAGGAAACGACUGUGGCUGAGGCUAACACUGAUGUUAGGGAAAUGACUGUGGCUUUGGCAAAGGCUGAUGUUGAGGAAACAACUGUCGCUAUAGGUACAAAUGAGGUUGAAGAAAAGACUGUGGCAUUAGUUAAGGCUAAGGCUAAAGUUGAAGAAAAUAUGUUAGUUUUAGCCAAGGCUGAAGUUGAAAAAAAUACUAUGACUUUAGCUAAGCCUGAAGUUCUGGAGAAGACUGUGGUUUUAGCUAAAGCUAAGAAUGAAGUUCAGACAGUGACUAGAACUGAGGCUGAAUUGACUAAGUCUAAUACUCUGGAGGUAACAGCAUUUAAUCAUCUGCCUUCCCCUUCAAUGAGUGAUCACUGUGAAUAUCCAGAGCCGGUGAUGAUCCUCAAGCAUCCAGGGCCCAUGCUGAGUCACCACGAGUUCAUCAACGACUAUGACGUUGCACUUCCUGGAGUCUGGGACAGUGAUGGCCGCAGUCAUUAUGACAGCGUCGCACUUCCCGAUCACGUGCUACAGGAAGUGACACUGGCAGCAUCUGUAAUACUGGAUUCAGAAUACAAAGAUUACCUGAGGCACAGGAAAGAUGAUGAGGACGAGGAAGAGCAUGAGAUGGGUGGCAGUGGUGACAAAGAACAACUGGCUGAACCGGGUAAGGAUGAGAUCAGUCAGAAGCUUCCAGAGAAGGCCUUCAUCUCAGAAUCCGUAUUCCUGAACAUUCCACUACAGCAUGACUCCACAGGCCUAAAUAACGGGAGUGAGUCUGUAAAGAGAGAUCUGCCUCUUCCAUCCAAACCACAGGCCUCUGAAAGGCUUCACAGUGGGACGGACACCAGUUCACCAGCGAACCAAUCUGCAGAAUUAUCAGCGACUGGAUCUGAUUACAUCAUUCCCCUCCAUGCAGGUGACUCUGGAGCUGAGCCCAAGGCAAAAAAGCCUAUCAGGGGAAAUCUAUUCAACAGCGGUGAGUCCAUUAAUGAUGACAUGAUAAAUGUCAGCCCACCUCUUGGUCCUGGGCAACCAAUCAGCAGCCAGCCUCUCGACAUUAACACAGCAGAGAAACAAGGGGACAAAAUGAAAGGCAAUAAUACAUUAGUCAAAAGGAAAGAAGAGACUAAACCAAAUGAGAAGCAAAAUGAGGAAGAGCACAAAACUGGAGAUCAGUUUUUCCCAACCUCACCAGAGGAAAAGGGGCAAAUAGAAAAACAAACGCAGGAUAAUAGACAGGAAAUAGAAGAGGGUGAAAAGCAGAAUCAGAUAAUUAGACUGUUGCAGUGUAAUGACACUGCUAAAACAGCACAAGCGGAAGACAGACAGACCACAGACCGGCCUCCAGAACCGGAAGAAAAACAGGAAUACACAGCCAUUAAGGAGGAGGGACAUGACAGGAGUGGAAUAACAGGUAAUGGACCAGAAAUGCCGUCUCCUGACUCUGUCUUUCUAGACAGCACAGAAAGGGGGGAAGGAAAUGAUGGUGAUGGCUGUGAAGUAUGCCCGGGGGCAGAUCAAAACAAUGGGUCAGAAGCAGUGAAAGGAAAAGAGCAGGGAAAAGUGGAAGGAAGAGAAAGGAAGAGUGUGAGAACGAGUGAAGAAGAGGAAAAGGCUGUUUCCUCAUCUGACCCCGUCCAGGCUCCUGCUGGAUCGGAGCCCCGGCAAGACCCUAGACAUUCACCCUCUUCUUCUGGGUCAGCACAGUGCCUCUACGCCGGGAUGUCAACGCCAGCAACAUUAACAGCAGAGACAUGUGAGGGGACCAGAGACACCUCUGGACCCAAUUCAAUUCAAAAUGCAGCUCUUAACCAGUCAGAUUCAGCAUUUAUUCUAAAAGCUUUUUCUUGGCAAAAGGAACAAGGACCAAAGCAUGAGAAACCAGGGGCCAGCACUGCCUCAGAGGAUGGAUCAUGUGGCUGUUUAGCAAGUGACCGAGGACGAAAAACAGACAACAACACACGCACAGAGAACCUCGCAGCCUCAACACUGUUGCCAGGGGUAACAGAGGGAGCCGAGAGCACCCUGGGACAUUUGAUUCAGGAAGAGAACAGAACGUUAAGUGACAGCAACUAUAGCGCAAUUGAUAAUGAGAAAAGCAAAGAAGUACAUGGAGUGAAAGCUGGAGAGAGCAAUGGAGAGAGGGAUGGUGAGAGAGCUGGAGAGAGGGAUGGUGAGAGAGCUGGAGAGAGGGAUGGUGAGAGAGCUGGAGGGAGGGAUGGAGGGAGUGAUGGUGAGAGAGCUGGAGGGAGGGCAAUGCCAGGUUUAGUCGUUGAAGUCGUGACUGAUUCGAAGAGUUCAGAUCUCAAGUCAAUGAUCUGGUCAGUGAUGGGCGAGAAUCAUGUGGAGGAUAAGAGUCAGGGAUCUGGCCUUGUGGCACGAGCUUGUCAAGACCAACGCAGCAAAACAGAGGCCGUAGAGAACACUACAGCCCCCGUUGAAUCAGAUCCAUCCCAGUGUGAGACUUCUCUGGACUGUCGUGCCUCGUCGUCACCCUCAUCGCAGUCGCAUGGCCCUGAGGAGCACAGUACUCACCAGAAUAGCUUCCCUCCCAGCCUGGGCCAUUCUGUUGACACUUCUCAAAGCUUAAACCAGCAGUCAAAACUUAGCCCAGAUCACCAGGCAACUGUCACUGUCAAUUUAAACCCUGACCAGGUCACAGACAUUGCUGUCAAGCUGGCACGUGAUUCACACCCUGGGGAUAUCAAUGCCAAUCUAUUGGAAUCAGAAUGUGAGCCAAAGGAAACACGUUUAGCUCAUCAUACAGCAAUUGUUGGGACCAGCCACAGUAGUGAGACUAACACUGCUGUACUGGAAGCCACUGACACAACCAUGACUUCCAUGGCAAGUCACAGGGUAGAACAAGCUGCUCUGGAAGCAAAACCUGCCUCAGACAGAGAUGUCUCAGAAGAGGACAUGACAGCCUUGGACAGGAAGAGAGAAAAGAAGAUGAGAGCAUUGGCAAAAAGGAUGGAGGAGAGGAAACAAAAGCUAAAGAAAGCGAAAGAGGAAAAAGAGGGAACACAUAAGAUUUCAACAAAUGAGGCGGGUGAGACAGUUUCACAGGCGACCACAGAACCACAGACAGUGAUGUCAGUUACCAGGCCUUCUACAGAACCACCGACAGAGAUGUCAGUUACUGGUCCAACCACAGAACCACAGACAGAGAUGCUAGUUACUGGGCCUUCUACAGAACCACAGACAGUGAUGUCAGUUACUGGACCUUCUGCAGCACCACAGACCGUGAUGUCAGUUACUGGUCCAACCAAAGAACCACACACAGAGAUGCCAGUAACUGGUCCUACCAAAGAACCACAGACAGAGAUGUCAGUUACUGGGCCUAGCUCAGAACCAGAGACAGACUGGUUGGCUGCUCUCCGAUCUCAUGCAGCAUUGCUCUCCCAGUCCACAAAACAGAAUACAGCAGAGUCCUCUGAGAAAACGACACCUCCCAGACCCUUUCCGACCCUGAAGUCGCUGGAGUCUCCUGUAGCAGAGUUCUGUACCCCCUCUGAAGAGGCCCCUUCUCCCCUAGGCCAGGGAGCGGCAGCUGCCCCCUCAAGCCAGAGAAAGGACAGCCCAGAAAAGGGAGAGAACCCCCCAGAAGAACCGCAAGGAAAGGAGAAGGUUCCAGAGCCUGACUGGGGGUCCUCCCUGACUCAAACGAAGCAGGCUGAGGAGAGGAGCGAGCCUCCACCUGUCACCACCUCCCCACCUCCUACCCUACGUUCUGCUGCCUCCCCACCCACUCCCCGUGGACACGUCUCCCAGAUUCCACCUGUCCUCCCUACCUACCUCCAGGAAGACUUCCCAACCCCUCCUCCCACUCCUCCUGAGAGGCUGCCCCCAAAGCCUGAGCCCCAGACACCCCUUCAUGCACUCCGUCAAGCCCCACUAGCAGCACCUGUCCAGACCCCCUCAUCAGAACCGGAAUCAGCCCGACCUGUCCAGACCCCAUCAUCAGAACCAGGACCAGCCCGACCUGUCCAGACCCCAUCAUCAGAACCAGGACCAGCCCGACCUGUCCAGACCUCAUCAUCAGAGCCAGAACCAGCCCGACCUGUCCAGACCCCAUCAUCAGAACCAGGACCUGUCCAGACCCCAUCAUCAGAAUCGGAAUCAGCCCGACCUGUCCAGACCCCAUCAUCAGAACCAGGACCAGCCCGACCUGUCCAGACCCCAUCAUCAGAACCGGAAUCAGCCCGACCUGUCCAGACCCCAUCAUCAGAACCAGGACCAGCCCGACCUGUCCAAACCCCAUCAUCAGAACCAGGACCAGCUCUAUCUGUCCAGACUCCAUCAUCAGAGCCAGAUCCAGCUCUAUCUGUCCAGACUCCAUCAUCAGAACCAGAUCCAGCUCUAUCUGUCCAGACCCCAUCAACAGAACCAGAACCCGCACAACCUUUCCAGACUACUCCAUCAGAAUCAGAACCAGUCCUACCUGUCCAGACCCCAUCAUCAGAACCGGAACCAGCUCUAUCUGUCCAGACUCCAUCAUCAGAGCCAGAUCCAGCUCUAUCUGUCCAGACCCCAUCAUCAGAACCGGAACCAGCUCUAUCUGUCCAGACCCCAUCAACAGAACCAGAACCCGCACAACCUUUCCAGACUACUCCAUCUGAAUCAGAACCAGUCCUAACUGUCCAGACCCAAUUAUCAGAACCGGAACCAGUUCGACCUGUCCAGACCUCACCAUCAGAAUCAGAACCAGCACAACCUUUCCAGACUACUCCAUCUGAAUCAGAACCAGUCCUACCUGUCCAGACCCCAUCAUCAGAACCAGCUCGACCUGUCCAGACUACUACAUCAGAACCAGAACCAGCACAACUUUUCCAGACUACUCCAUCAGAACCAGCUCGACCUGUCCAAACCUUACCAUCAGAACCAGAAUCAGUUCAACCUGUCCAGACCUCACCAUCAGAACCAGAACCAGCACAACCUGUCCAGUCUACUCCAUCUGAAUCCGAACCAGUCAUACCUGUCCAGACCUCACCAGAACCAGCCCGACCUAUCCAGACUACUCCAUCUGAACCAGUACUAAACUCGGCCAGUCCACCACUCUCCGUUCCUCCAUCUCCAGCCCCUAAGAAUCAGGAGAAGGAUACCACCACAUUUGGCUUCUCUGACCCCCAGACAGACGACCCGGUCUCCCUAACUCGACCCCCGGUCCCUGGGAAGGACAUUCUCACCCUUGCCCCCUGCACUGCUGACCCAACACCCAGGAGCUCAGACUCGGACGGAGCUUUCGAAACGCCAGAGUCGACCACCCCGGUCAAGUCUCCAACCCAGACAGACACUGUCACACAUCUGCUCAGCUCAGAAGACACAGGUCUUGGCUGUGACUCUGUGGAUGACGGUGAACUCAAGGCAGAGGCCAAAGGCCACCAUGGUAGCUCCCUGUCCAUAGUCUUCGAUGAGGACAAGCCAAUCGCUGCUAGUGGAGCCUACAACUUAGACCAGCUCCUGGCUGCAGCCGCUGCGGCCGAGGCCCAGAACCGAUCGCCGCUGACCCGUUCUCUGAGCCUUCAAGCAGGGGAGCUCGACGGCUCCGGCCCGCUACACCUAGGCGAGUCCUCCAUAGCCAGCGGAGACUGUCCCUUAGCUGAGUCCUUCAGCAUCGCCGGUGGUACUGAGAGCGCUCCAGGGACCCUCCGUCGACCCUCCAAGAAGGGGCCUCUCCGUCCCGGUGGCUCCCUAAAGAAGAAGCCUGUCCUCAGGCAGAACUCCAACCCAGAGACCCCUCAGCCUACGUCCUCCAGUACCACGCCGGAGCUGAAGAGGAAGGCCAAGCAAACCAGAGCAGACAGCCCCCUGUUGGUCUCUGAGGACCAGGAAGGCGGGGCCACUGCUGAAUCUGCCCCUGGCCCCGCCUCGGCCACACCCAGCCCGGGGGGAACACUCCGCCGAACGAGAAAGCCACGUGUGGAAAGCCCCGCCCCUCUUAUUGAAGAGACCAAUCACACUAGCCCAGAGACAGAUAAUCAACCAAUCCCAGUCCAUACUCCUGUGCCAGGCCCAGAGAUUUCCAUACCCCUCAGACCGGAGGACAUCCCUCUUCCUGUGUCCGAGGCGGUCCCAUCAUCAGAGGGCUCCUCGCCCAUCCCCCCAAUUGGGGCCUACAAAUGGGACCCAGACAACUUUGAGGACAUUGAUCCAUUCAACACAGGAGGGAGUAAAGUCGCUAACUCCCCCCCAUUGGGCAGGAAAGGAGUCGCUAACUCCCCCCCAUUGGGCAGGAAAGGAGUCGCUAACUCCCCCCCAUUGGGCAGGAAAGGAGUCGCUAACUCCCCCCCAUUGGGUAGGAAAGGAGUUGCUACCUCCCCUCCGUUGGGCAGGAAAGGAGUUGCUACCUCCCCUCCGUUGGGCAGGAAAGAAGGCACGCCGCCUAUCUGUCGCAAAACUGCUGCCCCUCUUGACUCUACCGAGGAACUAGCUCCGCCCCCCACUAGCCCUCCUAUUCGCACAUCAGGCGCAGUCAGACUGGAAUUUGACUAUUCUGAGGAGAACCUGGAGGAGCCUGCCAAGGCCUCUCCAGCGUCCAAGAAGCUGGGCAGGAAGCCAGGCUCCAAGAUGCCCCUCCGGAAACCCAGACUGGGCCUGAAGAAGGCUGUCCAGCUGUCAUCUGAGUCGCUCGACAACGCCCCCACCAUUGUCCCCGACGACGACAUCCCCAUCCCUAAGGCCUCGUAUAACUUUGACCCCGCCCAAUGGGAGGACCCUAACUUCAACCCGUUUGGCUCAAACAGCGGGAUCCCAAACUCUCCGAAGAUGAACAAACCCUCCUACAGCUUUGACUCGGAAACUUACAACGAGUCUGGUGUGGACCCCUUCAAGGGUUCAUCCAAUAGGAGGGCGGCAUCUCCUCCCAAGGCUGUCUCAGGAUCUGCCUCCUUUGAGGUAUCGGCCAAUGACAAUGAGGUUGAUAAUGAUAAUGACGACAUUGGUGACCUGGGAGACCACAACCAAAACAAACCGGCCAAGCCGAAAAAGAAACCUAUCAAAUCGAAAUCCAUGGGCUCCUCUCUGUGUUGUCUGUUGUGCACCGAUUCUGAAAGAGAACAUUCCCCCAGUAGGGAGAACUGUCUUGACAGGCAGCAGAGUAACACUUUCAGAGUGAAGAGAUCUCCAAAGAGGUGCGAUUCGUCAUCACAGGAUCCCACCCCAGUAGAUGAAGCCCCGCCCCCCAUUCCUGUGCCUCAGCAUGACCACGCCACGGAUGAGGAGAAGCUUGCUUCGUCCUCCAGUCACAAAGAGAAGCUGGCCUCCGCCAAUCACAAGUGGGCACACACAGCCUGUCAGGACAUGGAGGCGGAGCUCACCUCUGACCCAAAGGAGGACCUCCCGCUGCCCUCUGACCUCACAUCCUUUGUCAAUGAGAACAGUCGAGCAUCGGACUAUGAGAUUGAAUACAUGGAGAAGAUCGGCUCCUCUUCUCCGCCUCUGUCAGUGAAGAAACCUUCUAAUCUCUACCUGAAGCUGGAUUCGGUGACGGGCUCUCUGAACAAGCCCAACCACGGCUCAGAACCGGACUCCCCCUGCACAGGGUACAACACACUGGGGAGCUUCGAAGAGAUGGAGGCCCAGAUCACAGCCCAGAUGAAGACCCCAGUGCUGUGUUCCAGACCUGGUCCUGAGGGUUCUAGACCUGGUCCUGAGGGUUCCGCUGGGGAUCAAGAGAAGACUAGAAUGAAAGAGAUCCAGUCCGUCAGCCGAACACAGAGUGCUGAGAGGGAGCAUGGAGGGGGCUCAGUGGAGGUCCUAGUCCCCGACACCCCAGUUUUAGACAGGUUGUCAGAGGGUGAUGUCUCCCUGCAAUACCUGGAGCCUGACCUGGCAGAAACCAACCCCUCAGCCUUCGCCCUCAAACUACAGGAGGAACUGGUGCUGGCUGCUGUGAGGAUAGAGGCUCUUCAGGUAGCCAAGCACCUCUCAGACAGCCCCUCCUUGUCCACUGUCACCCCUCAGAAGCCCCGUUCUCGCAGGUGGAAUCUCUUCAGUUCACCCAAACAGAGAGAGAAGGAAGUGAUGUUGUCAACAGUGGAUAGGGACAGUGUAGUGACCAAGGGCUCCCUCUACACCCGGCCGGCGGGCUGCGGAGAGGGGGGGAGGGAAAGCAGCUACAUGCCCAAAGACCUGGAUCAUUCCCUGGACAUCGCACGAGAAGAGGUCCUGUCCAAGGAGAAGGAGGUGCAGGAGUGGCAGAGGAAGUACGAGGACAGUCGACAGGAAGUGCUGGAGAUGAGGGGGAUCGUGGCCGAAUAUGAGAAGACAAUUGCACAGAUGAUUGCAGGCCUUCCAGAAGACGAGCAGAAGGACAAGUCACUAUCCCAUCACACCAUCCAGCAGCUGAUUAUAGAGAAGGACCAGGCGCUGUCAGACCUCAACUCUGUGGAGAAGAGCCUGGCCGAGCUGUUCAGACGAUACGAGAAGCUUAAGGACGUCCUCGAAGGCUACCGCAAGAAUGAGGAGGUGCUGAAAAAGUGUGCUCAAGAGUAUCUGUCCCGAGUCAGGAAGGAGGAACAGCGCUACCAGGCCCUGAAGAUACAUGCAGAGGAGAAACUAGACAAGGCGAACGCUGACAUCGCCCAGGUGAGGUUGAAGGCUCGUCAGGAGGCAGCGGCCUACCAGGCCAGCCUUAGAAAGGAGACCAUGAAGGUGGACUCUCUGGAGAGGACGCUGGAGCAGAAGAACAAAGAGAUCGAGGAGCUGACCAAGAUCUGUGACGAGCUGAUCGCCAAGAUGGGGAAGAGCUAGCAACAACACAACUAACACGCCCAGCCCUCGUCCUCGUAACUUGUCCUGAAGGAGAGGGAAAAGAGCAAAAUAAAUCUCCUGCUUCCACACUUCCCCCGACAGAUUAAUCGACGGACAGCGAAUGCGUUUAUAGCCUCUAUGGAUUUUACACACUACUGACUGACUUUGUCCAUGCAUCUACUAGCCACAGCGCCCACUAGAGUACUGGAGAAUGCCUCAUGAUUAAUGGCUUCGUGUGUCCCCCUGUACAUUUUAAUGUGUCGAUUUGUACCGUGUUUCCUGUAUCAGGGGUGAAAGGAGUUGUAGCAGAUCUGUAUUCCUUGGACAGAAGAUAGUGUAUGUAUGUCUGCCACUGGUCAUGUGCCAACAUGUGUUGAAGACCACAAGAAAAUGUUGGCGAGUGUCAGAGCGUGUGUGUGUGCGUGCGUGUUUGUGUGAGAGACAAGGCAUGCAAUGCCUUUGCCAUGACCGAAAAUGAUAGGAAAGUCUGUUGUACGAGUGCUGCUGUGUCUUCACAUCUUUACCCACGAGGGAAUGAGCAACAGCUGAAAAUAAAGAACAGGAUAUCUAAAAUAUAUAUAUAUAAAUAUAUGAGCUUAGACUAAAUCACUGAAUUGUUCAGUUAAUAAAGUAUAUACUUGAUCACAGAGAUAAAUGCAUGUGAAAGUGGCAAAAUAUUUUCUUUUUUGUAAAUAGGAAAAUGCUCUGUUGCCUACGAUUAAGAAACAACCUGCAUUUUUGAUACAACAUUCUGUCUGUUCAAACUGCUACCUUGGAUCGUGUUUACCUUUUAGAGACUUUGUGCAGCGUAUUUAGUGUCAAAGCUUUCCUGGGGAAAAUAAUUGUGAGGGGGAUUUUAUUUUUAUGAUUUUAUUUUGAUAUUAAUGAUGAUGAAUAAGAAUUGUUACAGUAAUGAUCCGUUGUUGGGACUGAGGGUUGUGUAUUCAAAUUAUUUGUGAUUGGUUGGUGUGUCACAGUCCUGCUACGGUUGAUGUCUUCACAGUUUGGGAGCCAUUUAAAAAGAGCUCUGCACAGCUACACGUCUGGGUUCACAUAGUAUUUGAUGUCCUGAAAUGCCUUGGGUCUUUGCUCUAGCCUGGCCCGGAGCACCGGAUGGAUAGAGACACACGUUCUAUUGGUCCGUUAGGUCAGGCCAGGUGAACCAAGGGUGGAUAUAGUCUGUGAAAAGAUUUUGAAUAGUAUCUGAACCCGGGUCUGCACAUCUAUACGGUACAGCGUGCAAUAAAGUAUGGCAAUAAAAAAAGAGACGUGGCUUCUUUCGAACAACAAACACUUCCAAAGGGGCUAUGUUUUGCUGCUGAGCAACACACAGAGACACACACACAAGUUCACUGAUCUAUCCUUGUGCAGACUAAGACUUGAUUCCAUAUGUAAUGAUAUUUUCCCCUAGCCACUAACCUUAACCUAAUCUCAAUAACCUUUAUAUUACCACUAAACCCUAAACCUAGGAAUAAUUCAAAUUCUGUCACUAACCUCACUUGUAAAAUAGAAGGAUCCUUUUUCUCAAAGGUUAUCUAUCUACUUUUCAUCCUUCAGAAAUUAUUCAGAUCGCUUCACUUUCUCCA